CACUGUCAAACAUGCCACGUCCGCCUCCCUGACUCUCGGCCAGGACUCACUACACCUGUUAAGUCUUCACCUGCCUCAUACCACCCCUCGUCAUGCCUCAAAUGUAGGUUAAAGGUACUGAGUGAGAACUUUGGAUACCAUUUUAGUAACUGCCAUCGUCAAUCAUCUGAGACUUGUGUUUGAGUAACCUCAUGUCAAACUCAUCUGAAGAAGACAUGUUAGAAAAUAAUAGCAGUGUGUUAGAUAUGAGGCAAGCGGUGUUCAGUCGAACACCUCUUUCCUAUAGAGUUGGAAACUCCACUCUUCGUGUUCAGACCAAAUUUGUUACUCUAGUGGCAGUAAUUGGCCUAAUCUCUCUCCUGGUGCUGUUUCUGAUCAUGCCAGCCUCUCGCCUAGGCACUAGCAAUCUUACUAAUGACUUAUGGGGGCACGGAGAGGAACACAGUCACGGUCACCACCAUACUCGCAAUUGGUUUACUUAUUACAACAGUACUUACCCUCUGACAGCACCCGUAUAUAGUGAUCGAGGUUACAUUAAAUACCGCAUAGCAAUUGUGACUGAUCUUGAUGUGGACUCCAAGCACCCUACAGAGAAGAACACAUGGAUCAGCUUUAUGAAAAAGGGUUACCUUACUGUCAGUGUUGAAAAUCAAGAAGUUAGUGUUGAAUGGGAUAAGGAUCUUAUAACUCUCACGUCCAAUAUGGCAUAUGGAGGUCGAGGGAUGGAAUUGUCUGAGCUGGUUAUUUUUAAUGGCAAGCUGUAUGCAGUGGAUGAUCGGACUGGUAUUAUAUAUGAAAUUGACCUUCAUCGCAACAAAGCUAUUCCAUGGGUUAUCCUCACUGAUGGGAGCGGCAGAGAAAUGAAAGGCUUCAAAAGUGAAUGGGCAACAGUAAAGGAUGAGACAUUGAUUGUUGGUGGGCUAGGUAAAGAAUGGACCACAAGCACAGGAGAGUUGGUCAACCACAACCCACAGUGGGUCAAGACCAUCACCACACAUGGCUUCAUUGAGCAUCACGACUGGACCAAGAAUUAUGAAAAGCUACGUGAAUCAGUUGGAAUUUUCUUCCCAGGUUACAUGAUACACGAGUCAUGUGGAUGGUCUGAAAGAUUACAACGAUGGGUCUUCCUCCCACGCAGAGCUUCAUCUACACGUUACAAUGAGAAUGAUGAUGAGCAUCGUGGUACUAACCUUAUGCUGGAAGCAACAGAAGGAUUUGAAAAUAUUAAGGUGAAACAUGUGGGGGAAAAGAUAGACACUCAUGGUUUUUCAAGCUUCAAGUUCAUUCCUGGCACAAAGGAAAAUUUAAUUGUGGCGCUCAAGUCGGAAGAGGUGAAUGGAAAGGUCGCUUCAUUUAUCAUGGCCAUCAAUAUGGCUGGAAAAGUGCUAUUACCUGAAACAAAAAUUGGUGACUACAAAUUUGAAGGGAUUGAAUUUGUAUAAUAUUAGUUGAAAUGUAUAUUUGUAUAUUUUAGAAUAAUUGAUAGAGCUUUACUUAAGGAAUUACUGUAGAAAGAUAGAGGCACAAUAUAAAUUGGACAUUUACAUGGUAAAAGAAAAUGUUUAUUUUAGCAUGUGAUAUUGAGGUUGUGAUGUCUCAAUUUGUUCAUUUGUGAUAUUUAUUUUUAUUUGAAGAAAAGAAAAUAGAUAAAUCAGGCAGAUGUUUUUUGACUGAUUAAGUGAGACAUAUUCUAAAUAGUGUUUCUGGUUUUUGGAGUCCGUAAAUUUAAAAGCAUUUAGAUAUGUUUUCUGGAGAUAUAAAUUUUUCAUGAAUGAUUAACAACUUGAGAAAAUAUUUUUAGGAAGAACUGACAGACAGGAGAAUAGAAGGGAUUGUAAUGUUAAAGUUUUAUCAAAGGUAAAAAAUUUUGACAGUUACAAUUUAUGAACUUCUAGUCUUAUUUUAAUUCAGUGUCGCAAAACAACUGACUAUCAAAUUUACGAGACAUUUUGUGUUGGUGAGUAUUGUAGUACAGGUACAAGAAAGUGUGGAAGUUUCCUCUGCAACGUUGUUUUGUAAUUGUAGGAAAUAUAUUUGUGCUUGGAAUCCAUUUAUAAACAGAAGUAUCCAGAGAAGGAUUGAUGGCCAGUUUUUGUUGGAUAACUCAGGGCAUUGUGUUAUUGUAAGUACUCUGGUGAAGCAACAAGGUCUCUUUCUACUGAUGCUAUAGACUUCUGUUUGUAUAAUCUUCUUUGAAAAUUGGAAAUUAUAUUUUGUAGUCUAAAAAUAUUGAAGUUCAGUAUUAUGGGAAAAGAAAUACUUAAGUACAGUAUUAGAGGAAAAAUACUUAAGUGUUUAAAGGAAAUAUUUUUUAAUAAUUCUGUAAGUGUUAUUUUAUGUGUACAUAUGUAUGUCUGCAAGAAGUCAUGUGUAUGUGUGUGCAUGCAUGUAUUGUUUGUUUAUAUGAAUAAGGAGUACGUACAGUACAUACGUAAUUACAGACUGAUGUUAGAUAGUAGUACUGUACAUGUGUAGUGUAUAUGUACUUUUUAUAGUAUAUUUUCCCUUUAAAGUUUUUGUAUCAUCACAGUUGUCUUUUGUGUGUAACUUGCAUACAAUAUACUCCAACUUUCACCCUGCACCUCACUGGAGGAUUUUUGCUUUGAGCACAAACUUCUUUCCAAUUUUACUGUGAUCAAAUCACAAUCUUGAAUUUGUCACUAUUAAAAUCCAAAUGAAAUCCAUUGUAUGUCCAAUGAUGUGGCAUUAUUAUUUUCUUAGCAUAAAUUAUUGUUCCUUACUCUAAUUGCAGGUCUAAUUCAGAGUU